AUGGCCGCACCACCCGGGAUGACGCCGCAGCAAAUGGCGGCAUUUCAACAACAUAUGCAGCAACAAGCCGCCGCUGAAGCCGCCAAAAGAGGCAUGACGCUAGAGGAAUUUGUGAAGAUGCAACGAGAGCAGGUAACUGCAGAGGCAGCAAAACACGGUAUGACUCCAGAACAAUACGUCAGUCAAUUGAGGAUGCGAGCUUUGCAGCAGCGUGCCGCCGCUCAGCAAGCAGCUCAGGCGCAAGCACAGCAGGGACAGCAAGGACAGGCAGGGCAGGCACAGCAGCAAGGCCCUCCAGGACAGCCAAGACCUCCAGUACCACAGCAGGCAGGUCAACAACAGGUUCAAAGACAAGUUCCUGUUAACCCGAACAACCCUCCCGACCCGAAGGCUAUCGCGCUGGCAAAAUGGCUGCGGUCGCAGGAUUUGAAGACCCGCACAUGUAUUCUAGACGGUCAGCGUAAAGAUAUGUUCAAAGUCAAACGUGCGAUCCGAGCGCUCGAGUCUCCAGCAUAUGCGAAGGCAUCAGCUAAGAGCAAAGGACUCCUCCCUCCAGUUACAGACAGAGCAUCUGCAGAAAACGCCUUUAAAUUGCUUCCUCUCUCAUUACUUGCCUUGCGAGUCUCCAAGCAUGACCCACACGCCGGUCAUGGCCACGGCAAGGGCAAACGGAUAAAAGGACUGUGGACGGUUAAGAUCGAGCAACAGCAGGAUACAGAUCCCAUGAUGCAUUACGUUUUCCUAUAUGAGGGUCCUCAGUGGAAGCAGAAGGCCUUGGCGGCCGCCGUUGUCGCUGGUAUCUUUGCCGUUGUCUUGUUCCCGCUGUGGCCUAUAAUGUUACGCCAGGGUGUUUGGUACUUAAGUGUGGGUAUGAUGGGUUUAUUGGGAUUGUUUUUCGCUAUGGCCAUCUUCCGACUUAUUCUAUUUUGUGUUACGGUGUUUGUGGUCCCUCCUGGUCUGUGGCUCUUCCCAAAUCUCUUCGAGGAUGUGGGAUUCUUUGACAGUUUUAAACCACUUUGGGGUUGGCAAGAGAAGAAGCAGAAGAAGUCUAAGAAGUCCAAGAAGUCAGAUUCAUUGCCGACUGAAGCCAAGGCUUCCGAAUCAACGCCCACUCCUGCUCCUGCUACUUCAUCCAGUGUUGCGCCUACUACAGGUGCCGGUACCCCGUCAAAGCGUGCUCUCACUGCGAGUGUUGAGGAUGCCGAGGAAGAGUAG